AAAACAUGGAGAUGGAAAGAUGGAAUAAUAUGUCUAUAAGUUUAUAUUUUUGCUUAAUUUAUCACUUAGUUGCAAAAUUUUAAUAAAAUAUCUCCAAAACUAAACAUUUAAGUACCUCCCGCUCUAAGGCCAAUAUUGUUUAUAGACACACAAAAAUAAGAUGAACGAUAAAUAUGAUCACACUGGACCUGACCUAAUAUAUGUAGUUGAAAACAUACCAGGACCAGCAGAGGACAAUGAAGAAUAUGAAGAACUGUUAAACAACUACAAUUCACAACUUUCAUAUAAGUGUGAAUGUACAGGAAGUUGCUUAAAUGAAAGUUGCUUGUGCAUUUACAAUUCUAGGGGAAAGAAUUACACCUUUUCAGAUAUUAAUAACUUGAAAUCUUACAAAAUUAUUGAUUACAAGAAGAGUGAUAAAUCAAUAUUUGAGUGUAAUGAUUUAUGUUCAUGUAUCAGAUAUUGUGGAAAUAAGUUAGUGCCAGAAGGUCCUCUAGAAGGCUUAUUUGUUAAACCCUGUGAUGUUAAAGAAAAAGGUAUUGGGUUGUUCACAAAACACCAUAUAAAUAAAGGUUCAUACAUAUGUGAGUAUGCAGGAGAAAUUAUAACAAAAUCACAAGCCCUUAAGAGGCACCAAAUAAAUGUAAAUAACAUGAAAAUGAACUUUAUAUUUUGUUUGAAUGAACAUUCCAAUGGGAAAGUUACACAGACUUUUGUUGAUCCGUCCAGUUUUGGUAAUAUUGGCAGAUAUAUUAAUCAUAGCUGUGAACCAAAUUGUUUCAUUCUACCUGUCAGAGUCAAUACUCCAUUACCAAAACUUGCUAUCUUUAGUCUUACCGAAAUUCCUGUUGAACAUGAAAUAACAAUAGACUAUGGAUCAAAAACUUACAAUGGUCCAAAUACAAAUGAUAAUGAAGUUAAAAUUGAAUAUGGCAGAAAACUGUGUUUGUGUAAUAGUAACAAUUGUAAGGGUAGUUUACCAUAUGAUUUGUAUUAA